AUGGCAGAAAAGGCUCCCCCGGGCUUAAACAGGAAGACUUCAAGGUCGACACUUUCUCUUCCUCCAGAGCCUGUGGACAUUAUCCGGAGCAAAACAUGCUCCAGGAGAGUUAAAAUCAACGUGGGGGGCCUCAACCACGAAGUCCUGUGGAGAACGCUGGACAGGCUGCCCAGGACGCGCCUGGGGAAGCUUCGAGACUGCAACACACACGAGAGCCUCCUGGAAGUGUGCGAUGACUAUAAUCUGAACGAGAACGAGUAUUUCUUUGAUCGGCAUCCAGGAGCCUUCACUUCCAUUUUAAAUUUCUACCGGACAGGGAAACUCCAUAUGAUGGAAGAAAUGUGUGCACUUUCUUUUGGCCAAGAACUUGAUUACUGGGGGAUUGACGAGAUCUACUUAGAGUCCUGCUGCCAGGCCAGAUAUCAUCAAAAAAAAGAACAAAUGAACGAAGAACUGAGGCGAGAGGCAGAGACUAUGCGAGAGCGAGAAGGAGAAGAGUUUGAUAAUACCUGCUGCCCUGAUAAAAGGAAGAAACUGUGGGACUUGCUGGAGAAACCUAACUCAUCAGUGGCUGCAAAGAUCCUGGCCAUCGUGUCUAUCCUGUUCAUCGUGCUUUCCACUAUUGCUUUGUCUCUCAACACACUGCCGGAGCUGCAGGAAACGGAUGAAUUUGGACAACUCAAUGACAACCGCCAAUUAGCACAUGUGGAGGCUGUGUGUAUUGCGUGGUUUACCAUGGAGUACCUUUUGCGAUUCUUAUCCUCACCAAAUAAAUGGAAGUUCUUCAAAGGCCCACUGAAUGUCAUUGAUUUGCUGGCCAUCUUGCCGUACUAUGUCACCAUUUUUCUCACGGAGUCCAACAAGAGCGUGCUACAGUUCCAAAACGUGAGGCGCGUGGUCCAGAUCUUCCGAAUCAUGCGCAUCCUCAGGAUCCUGAAACUCGCCAGGCAUUCGACAGGCCUACAGUCUCUGGGUUUCACUCUUAGGCGGAGUUACAAUGAACUGGGCUUGUUGAUAUUGUUUCUGGCCAUGGGGAUAAUGAUAUUUUCCAGCCUGGUAUUUUUUGCUGAGAAGGAUGAAGAUGCUACCAAGUUCACCAGUAUCCCUGCAUCAUUUUGGUGGGCCACCAUCACCAUGACCACUGUCGGCUAUGGUGACAUUUACCCUAAGACAUUACUAGGGAAAAUCGUGGGAGGCCUGUGCUGUAUUGCUGGGGUUCUGGUUAUUGCCCUUCCUAUCCCAAUUAUUGUGAACAAUUUUUCUGAGUUUUACAAGGAGCAGAAACGCCAAGAGAAAGCAAUUAAAAGGAGGGAGGCCCUUGAGCGGGCCAAAAGGAAUGGAAGCAUCGUUUCUAUGAACUUAAAAGAUGCCUUCGCGCGAAGUAUGGAACUGAUAGAUGUGGCUGUGGAGAAGGCCGGAGAGUCCGCCAACACGAAGGACUCCGCCGACGAUAAUCACCUGUCGCCAAGCAGGUGGAAGUGGGCCAGGAAGGCUCUGUCGGAAACAAGCUCCAACAAGUCUUUCGAGAAUAAGUACCAGGAGGUUAGCCAAAAAGACUCCCACGAGCAGCUGAACAACACGUCUUCCUCCAGCCCACAGCAUCUGAGUGCCCAGAAACUGGAGAUGCUGUACAAUGAAAUCACCAAGACACAGCCUCAUUCUCACCCAAACACAGACUGCCAAGAAAAGCCUGAGAGGCCAUCUGCAUAUGAAGAAGAGAUUGAAAUGGAAGAAGUGGUGUGUCCACAGGAGCAGCUGGCCGUGGCACAGACCGAGGUCAUUGUGGACAUGAAGAGCACCUCCAGCAUCGACAGCUUCACCAGCUGUGCCACUGACUUCACAGAGACAGAGAGAUCGCCCCUGCCGCCGCCCUCCGCCUCUCACUUGCAGAUGAAGUUCCCAACAGACCUCCCAGGGACAGAAGAGCACCAAAGAGCUAGGGGCCCCCCGUUUCUAACUCUAUCCAGAGAGAAAGGGCCUGCUGCCAGGGAUGGCAUGCUGGAGUAUGCCCCAGUCGAUAUAACUGUGAACCUCGAUGCCAGUGGCUCCCAAUGUGGGCUACAUAGUCCUUUGCAGUCUGACAAUGCCACCGACAGUCCUAAGAGCUCUCUAAAAGGCAGCAAGCCACUAAAGUCCAGAUCCCUCAAAGUGAACUUUAAGGAAAAUAGAGGCAGUGCGCCACAGACCCCACCCAGCACAGCCAGGCCACUGCCAGUCACAGCAGCUGACUUUUCGUUCACCACCCCGCAGCACAUCAGUACCAUCCUCUUAGAAGAAACCCCCUCCCAGGGAGACAGACCCUUGCUGGGUGCUGAGGUUUCAGCACCUUGUCAGGGACCUUCCAAAGGGCUGUCUCCCAGGUUUCCCAAGCAGAAACUGUUCCCUUUCUCUUCAAGAGAGAGGAGGAGCUUCACUGAAAUAGAUACUGGUGAAGACGAAGACUUCUUAGAGCUCCCAGGGGCAAGGGAGGAGAAGCAGGGGGACUCCAGCCCAAAUUGCUUUGCAGAUAAGCCUAGUGAUGGGAGAGACCCUUUAAGAGAAGAGGGCAGUGUGGACUCUUCCUCCCCGCAGGACACAGGUCACAACUGUAGGCAAGACAUUUACCAUGCUGUGAGUGAAGUCAAAAAGGACAGUCAAGAAGGGUGCAAGAUGGAAAACCACUUGUUUGCCCCAGAAAUUCAUUCCAACCCAGGAGACACAGGUUAUUGUCCCACACGUGAAACCAGCAUGUGACUAGUUACAAAAGCAAUAAAUUAAAAAAAAAACAAAAAACAAAAAAAACUUGUUUCUUAAAAAUGAGGUUAAUAAUGCCUGUGAACUAAAAAAAUGGGAAGCCCUCCCCAAAAAAAGUGCAUAAAAUGUUAUUUUUGCAUGGCAUGAACAGUUUAGCUUAAAUACUGUUUAAAUAAAGAGUCAAGACUGAAUUUUGUAACAAACCAACAAAAAUGACUGAAGAACAGUGAACAAAUAAAAAGAGCUCUAU